GGUUGAGUUACCUACCUACGUACCCUAGUUGACAACUUAACUCUUCGAGAAGAUGGCGAGCUCCCAACGUGGGAAAUCCCUAGAAAAUGACGAAUACGACCCAUAUGAAGUUGCAUUAGCAAGGCUAGACUCGAUUCAAUCGGAAUACAUGAAGAAACUACGAGAUGCCAGAGAUACGUUUGAUAAUAACCGUAUUUCAAUCCAAGAGAAUAUUCGAGAGCGUCAGCGGGAAGUCCAAUUGCUUCAACAAGAACUACAGAGGAAGGAGACCGAGUUACAGGAAAAGGAACAGGAGUUGAAGGAUGAGGAGAAUAAGUUCCAUGUGAUCUUGAGACAGGAAAAACAAAAUCGUAAAAGGAAGCUUGAGCCUUACCUGAGGAUUUCUCCAGCACCAAUAGAAGAACGCGACAGAGAAUCAACCGAUGUAACAAGAGGGCGAACGGAGGUUGGUUCUCCCAGACAGAACACCAAUAAUGAUGCUGGGCGCCAGCUCCAGGAAACGAUUGUAAUUGAUUCGGAGGAGGCUUCAAGCGACGAGUGGGUUAUAGAUAAACCACUCAUGACCUCGGCUAUUUCACCAAGUAAACGGCAAAGAACAUCUGAAGUUGGUCAGUCCCUAUGACUAGUGAACACUUCGUGUCGCCAGUGUCCCAC